UCUGGUCAAACAUGGCGGCCUCCGAGUCAGUGGCGGCGAAUCCAGGCACUGCGGAGGGCGAGGAGGAGACGAUUCUCUAUGACCUGUUGGUCAAUACCGAGUGGCCCCCGGAGACAGAAGUACAGCCUAGAGGCAACCGGAAACAUGGUGCAUCCUUUAUCAUCACAAAAGCAAUUAGGGAUCGUUUAUUAUUUUUAAGCCAAUAUAUCUGGUACAGCCCUGCACCUUUUCUGCUCCCUGAUGGACUAGUUCGUUUGGUUAAUAAACAGGUGAACUGGCAUUCGGUACUUGCAAGCAAUGGGAAGCUUUUGGCUGCUGUUCAAGAUCAGUGUGUGGAGAUCAGGUCUGCAAAAGAUGAUUUUACAUCUAUUAUUGGGAAAUGUCAAGUUCCAAAAGACCCAAAACCCCAGUGGAGAUGUGUGGCAUGGAGUUACGAUUGCACCCUGCUGGCCUAUGCCGAAAGCACGGGAACUGUGAGAGUGUUUGAUCUCAUGGGAAGUGAACUCUUCGUUAUAAUCCCGGCAUCUAGUUUAGCAGGUGAUCUGAGCUAUGCCAUUGCUGGGUUGAUAUUUUUAGAGUAUAAAGCAAGUGCACAGUGGUCUGCAGAACUCUUGGUCAUCAAUUACCGAGGAGAACUUAGAAGCUACCUUGUAAGUGUUGGAACAAAUCAGAGCUAUCAAGAGAGUCACUGUUUCAGCUUCAGUAGUCAUUAUCCUCAUGGAAUCAACACAGCUAUUUACCAUCCUGGGCACAGACUUUUACUGGUCGGUGGAUGUGAAACUGCUGAAGUGGGCAUACCAAAAGCUGCUAGCUGUGGACUCUCUGCCUGGAGAGUUCUUUCAGGAUCACCUUAUUAUAAGCCGGUUACUCAUGGUGGAGACAGGGUCACUGCAGUACCAAAGACCCUGGGAUUAUUAAGGAUGUUAAGUGGCAAGUUUUACAGUCGCCAGGGGCAAGAACAGGAUGGGAUCUUUAAGAUGAGACUUUCUCCAGACGGGACCCUCCUUGCAGCCGUUCACUUCUCAGGAAAACUAAGCAUCUGGGCCAUUCCAUCUCUGAAGCAGCAAGGGGAGUGGAAUCAAAAUGAGCAGCCAGGCUAUGAUGACCUUAAUCCUGAUUGGAGACUCUCUACUGAGAAGAGAAAAAAAAUCAAAGAUAAAGAGUCCUUUUACCCACUGAUAGAUGUGAAUUGGUGGGUGAACAGUGCAGUGAUUUUGGCUCGCUGCUCUGGUGCUUUGACUGUUUCGUCGGUGAAAACUUUGAAGAAUUUACUGGGAAAAUCCUGUGAAUGGUUUGAACCAUCCCCUCAAGUCACUGCUACCCAUGAUGGGGGAUUUUUGAUUUUGGAGUGCGAGAUUAAACUUGCCCCCAAACGAUCUCGUUUGGAGACGAGGGCGGGAGAAGAAGGUGAAGGAGAAGAGGAUUCGGAUUCCGAUCAGGAGACAUCUGCCAAGGCUCGCUACUUUGGUUAUAUAAAACAGGGCUUGUACUUAGUGACCGAGAUGGAGCGCUUCGCACCAGCCCGGAAACGCCCGCGAACCAUUACUAAGAACUACCGCCUGGUGAGCCUGCGGUCUACGACCCCAGAGGAGCUCUACCAGAGGAAGAUCGAAAGUGAAGAGUAUGAAGAAGCCUUGUCUCUGGCUCAGACCUACGGCCUGGAUACUGACCUGGUGUAUCAGAGGCAGUGGAGGAAGUCAGCUGUCAACAUUGCUUCAAUUCAGAAUUACUUGAGUAAAAUAAAGAAACGAUCCUGGGUUCUUCAUGAGUGCUUGGAAAGAGUUCCUGAAAAUGUGGAUGCUGCAAAAGAACUGCUGCAAUAUGGAUUAAAAGGCACAGACCUGGAGGCUCUUCUAGCCAUAGGGAAAGGAGCAGAUGAUGGCAGAUUUACACUACUUGGUGAAAUGGACAUUGACGGUAUCUCCUACGAGGAGCUUUCCCCACCUGAUGAAGAGCCUGCCGAGAAGAAAAAGGAGAAGGAGCUCAGGAAGAGACAAGAACUACUUAAAUUAGUGAACUUUUCAAAGUUAACACUGGAACAAAAGGAACUUUGCCGUUGUAGACUGAAAUUAUUAACCUACUUAGAUCGACUCGCAACAUAUGAGGAAAUCCUCAGAGUGCCUCAUGCAUCUGAACAGAGAUAUGAUGCUGAAUUCUUUAAGAAGUUCAGAAAUCAGAAUAUUGUUCUCUCAGCAAGAACUUAUGCUCGGGAAAGUAAUGUACAAGCCCUAGAAAUUCUGUUUACUUACCAUGGAUCUGACCUGCUUCCUCAUCGCCUCGUGAUUCUCUCCAAUUUCCCAGAGACCACUUCUCCACAUGAAUAUUCCAUUUUGCUCCCUGAAGCUUGUUAUGACGGUGACUCCUUGAUGAUCAUUCCUUGGCAUGAACAUAAGCACCGAGUUAAAGAUUGGUGUGAGGAGUUGGAGUGCAGAAUGGUGAUUGAGCCGAGUCUCCCAGAUGAAAGUGAGUUCUUGUACGCUGCACAGCCUGAGUUGCUGAGGUACAGGACAUCCCAGCUUACAGUAGAGAAGGUUAUGGACUGGUAUCAGAGCAGAGCGGAGGAAAUAGAGCAUUAUGCUCUGCAGGUUGACUGUGCAUUGUCACUUAUUCGACUUGGAAUGGAGCAUCUCUCUUCCAGGACUCCAGUUGUGGACGAGGUGGGAGUGAUGCAGGGGGCCCAGUCGUACCUUGUCUCCAUCUGGUGCGGUUUCAGCAGUGAUAUCAAAGUGACCAGGAAAAUCAAAAGGCCCUUCAGGGGACAAGAAUUUGGUGGUGCUUAUCGAAUUGGAACCAGAGCCAAUGAAGGCCUAGAAAAACAAGGCUGUCAUCCUUUUUACGAAUCUGUCAUCUCCAAUCCCUUUGUUGUAGAGUCUGAAGUGACCUAUGGCACCUAUCAGCAUGUCCCGGUAGAAAGCUUUGCAGAAGUAUUGCUGAGAACUGGGAAACUGGCAGAGACUAAAACUGAAGGAGAAGAAGUAUUUCCAACAACGGAAGUUCUCUUGCAGCUGGCGAGCGAUGCUUUACCAAAUGAUAUGACCCUGGCUCUUGCUUAUCUCCUUGCCUUACCACAGGUGUUAGACGCUAACAGGUGCUUUGAAAAGCAGUCGCACUCUGCUCUGUCUCUCCAGCUGGCAGCCUAUUACUAUAGCCUACAGAUCUACGCCCGGUUGGCUCCGUGUUUCAGGGACAAGUGCCAUCCUCUUUACAGGGCCGAUCCCAAAGAGCUAAUCAAGAUGGUCACCAGGCACGUGACUCGAUACGGACAGGAAGCCUGGCCCGAGGAGCUCGCUGCACUGACCAAGCAGUUACAGUACUACAACGAGCGCCUCCUGGACUUCACUCAGGCUCAGAUCCUCCAGGGCCUGCGGAAGGGUGUGGAUGUGCAACGGUUUACUGCAGAUGACCAGUACAAACGGGAAACCAUCCUCGGUCUGGCAGAGACGCUUGAGGAGAACGUCUACAGCAUUGCUCUUUCUCUGGCCCAGCGCUACAGUGUCUCCUGUUGGGAAGUUUUCAUGACCCAUUUGGAGUUCCUGUUCACCGACAGUGGUUUGUCCACAGUAGAAAUUGAAAGUCGAGCCCAGUCCCUUCAUCUCUUCGAGACGUUGAAGACCAGUCCCGAAGCCUUUCACAAGCACAUGGUCAAGUAUAUUUAUCCCACGAUUGAUGGCUUUGAUCAUGAAAGACUGCUGUAUUAUUUCACUCUGCUGGAAAGCUGUGGCUGUGCAGAUUUGGGGAAAUACACCAUUAAACCAGAAACCCACAUUCGGCUGCUAAAGAAAUUUAAGGUCGUUGCAUCAGGUCUUAAUUACAAAAAGCUGACAGAUGAAAACAUGAAUCCUCUUGAGGCAUUGGAGCCAGUCCUUUCAAGUCAAAAUAUCUUAUCCAUUUCCAAACUUGUUCCCAAAAUCCCUGAGAAGGAUGGGCGCAUGCUUUCCCCAAGCUCUCUGUACACCGUCUGGUUACAGAAGUUGUUCUGGACUGGAGACCCUCACCUCGUUAAACAAGUCCCGGCAUCCUCCCCCGAGUGGCUGUGCGCCUAUGACGCCUGCAUGAAGUACUUUGAUCGUCUCCUCCCAGGUGACCUCAUCACUGUGGUGGAUUCAGUGACCUUUUCUCCAAAAGCUGUGACCAAGCUAUCUGUGGAAGCACGUAAAGAAAUGACUGGAAAGGCUAUUAAGACAGUCAAACAUUUUAUUGAGAAGCCAAGGAAAAGAAAUUCAGAAGACAUUCAAGAGGCUAGUGAUUCUAAGAUGACCUACGCAGAUGCCCUGAAUCAUCUGGAGAAGUCACUGGCUCACCUGGAAACCCUCAACCACAGCUUCAUCGUUUCUCUGAAGAAUAGUGAGCAGGAAACGCUGCAGAAAUAUAGUUACCUCUAUGAUCUGUCUCGAUCAGAAAAAGGGAAAGUUCAGGAUCAAGCCGUGGCCAUGUGUUUAGACGGUCAGCCUCUAAGAAUGAUUCAACAGCUGCUAGAGGUGGCCGUUGGCCCUCUUGACAUCUCACCUAAGGAUAUAGUACACGGUGCAAUAACGAAAAUCAUCUCUGCGUUGAGCGGAGGCAGUGCUGACCUCGGGGGGCCGGCGGACCCUCUCCGCGUCCUGGAAGGGGUUGUUGCAGCCGUCCACGCCAGUGUCGACAAAGGAGAAGAGCUGGUGUCCUCUGAGGACCUGCUGGAGUGGCUGCGGCCUUUCUGUGCUGACGACGCCUGGCCCGUGAGGCCCCGCAUUCAAGUGCUGCAGAUUCUGGAACAGUCAUUUCACCUGACCGAGGAGGAUGGCAGGCUCCUUGUGUUCUUUAGAACGGAGGCCAUCCUCAAAGCCACUUGGCCCCAGAGACAGGUGGACGUAACUGACACGGAGGAUGAAGAGAAGCGCUACUUGCUCUUUGUGGAGCUCCUGGAGGCCAGUCACCGAGAGGUCGAGUUCCAGCACCUGGUUUUGCUCCUGCAGGCUUGGCCGCCUGUGAAACGGGAAUAUACCAUAACCAAUAAUCCAUGGGUGAGACUGGCUACAGUGAUGCUAACCAGAUGUACGGUGGAGAACAAGGAAGGGCUGGGGAAUGAAGUUUUGAAAAUCUGCCGCUCUUUAUAUAACACCGAACAGAUGCUCCCUGCAGAGGGUGUGAAGGAGCUAUGCUCGCUGCUGCAGCACCAGGCCCUGCUGCUCCCGUCUCUGAAGCUUCUCCUCGAGAGCCGAGAUGAGCGUCUGCACGCCAUGGCCCUGGACCACAUCACUGCCAUUGCUAAGGUGAAUGAUUCAAACUGCGACCGAGAGCUUCUCUCCCUGCUCCUGGACGCCAAGCUCUUGGUGAAGUGCGUCUCCACUCCCUUCUACCCACGUCUCAUCGAGCACCUCUUGGCUAGCCCCCAGCAAGGGUGCUGGGAUGCAGAGGAUCUCGCCAGACACCUGCGGGCAGCUGGCCACGAGGCCGAAGCCGGGUCGCUCCUCCUGGCCGCGCGGGGCACCCAUCGGGCCCUGAGGACCUUCAGCACAGCCCUGGGUGCGGCGCAGCACUGGGUGUGAGCACGCCUGCCCGUGGCCACCGCCAUCACCAGGCUCAGCUGUUUCCAGAGGCAACAUGUGUACCUGUCAGUUGUUCUCAGUGGUUUCAGCGAAUUGCAAAUAAAGCUGUAUAUAAAUGAUGA